GGCAUAACCCCAUUGCACGAUUACAUCUCUUAACAUACACCGCGAAGUUUAGGAACAACAUUUCGCCAUAGACGUACAGCUCGCUUCCCUCGUUUUAGUAGUUCAAAUUUCGAAUAAUACCACUCAACGACUCCUUCUCUGUGUGUCCCAGUAGAGAGUCCCCUCAAAAACCCCCCAAAAAAUUCACCAAUUAAAACCCUUUUUCAGAAAAGAAAAGAAAUAAUUAGGGUUUCAUUUUCCCUAAUCCGUUAAUUUUUUUUUCCCAUGAUAUGCUCGCUGUUGAAUCGUGACCUAAGGCUUGUUUGCAGAUCAGUUUUGGGAUACCUAGACAGGUCGAUUGCCGGAGCCAUGGGUUGUUUCAUCGCUUGCUUUAGGGUCAGGGACGAUCGCCAAAGCCACAAUCAUCAUCGUCAGAGGUCACAGCCUCAUCUUGUUUCUGAAUCUUCUCAUCCCAAACUAACGGAGGUUGUAGUUUCUCAAAAUCGACUUUCGUCUCUGUUUAUGUCCGAAGAUAAACAAGAUUCUCCUUGUAAGAAUAGGGGCGGUAGUAGUGCUGGUACUCCAGAAAUUGAUAAGGCUCUUAAGGACGAGGCCAAGUUUCUUAAAGCGUGUGGUACCUUAGCACAGACUCCUAUUGAAAUUCGCAAAGCUUCUUCCAAGUGGAACAGCUCACCUCUUCAGGAUGGAGAUUCAGAGACUUCGAAAUUCCAUUCAUGGCUUCCCAAUACAUCCAUUGAGAAACUUCAGUUGGAAAAUCAAAUUGACCAACCCUCUACUCCAGUUAAACUCUCUGAAGAGAGGGCUCAUACCUCAGGUUCUUUGGAGUGUACACCUAGCAGUUGUGUAUCAAAUGUUCAGAACUCGGGAAUAGUCUCAGUAGGCUCUACUGAAGGCAGUGGCGCAGGUGGUAGUUACACAGCAGCUACUAGCCAUGCUUAUCAGACUGAACAUGUUACAACUUUAGAAACACCUCAACUUUCAGCCACAAAUGUUCAACGCAGGAACAAAUCUGUGCGUUUUGAAUGUGAUUCAGAUUUAUCUUCUUCUGGGGGUUCGUCAUCUGAAAAUGGUCGCCAGAAUUUUAAGAGAGCUGAAUCACCAGGUAAUCAGAGCAUAUCAAAGCGCUCACCCUAUCCAACCCCCCUAAAGAUUUCUGAUGAGAUGCAAACGCCUGGAACUGUUUUUCCUUCAAACAUGGAUACUUUUCCAAAUGGGAAGAUUCGAGUUAGGUCGCAAUAUGUGUAUCCAGUUUUGAACCCAGUUGAAAAUGUCUCCCAGUGGAAUGCACUGAAGGAAGAGGAUCCUAACUUUGACCAAAUUUCAGGUGAGUUAAGAAAAUCUCUUGAUCAGCCUGAAAAUGCGUCGCCUAAGUCCAAAGAGUCAAUCAAAGAAACUUUGUCGGAGGAGCUAAACCCAGAAGCUAGUCUGUCAACCUGGUUGAAGCCAAUUCCAUCGACUCAGGACAGCAAUAAUAACAACUUUGUUGGUCCUGCCCGUCCUCGAGGAGCUAGAACCCCUAUGGACAGACCUAUUAUUGGGAUGGUUGCUGCUCAUUGGAAUGAGGAUGAUCCUGCUCGUAUCUCACCCAAAUGGUGGGAUGGGAAUGGAAUUCCAAAUUCAACCAAUAAGUACAAGGAGGAUCAGAAGGUCAGUUGGCAUGCAACACCAUUUGAAGAGAGGUUAGAAAAGGCAUUGUCUGAAGAAAGUAUCAUCUCCCAGAGGCAGCAGCCAAUUCAAGGAAAGCCUAUAAAUUUUGAUGAGAAUGAUGAAAGUGAUACAGCCCUUUCUCAGUUACAACCUUCACCCCAUCCGAAAUCUCUCGUUUCGUUCUGAUGAGUUUGCAUUGUAUUUCGAGUUUGUUGUUACAUCUGCUGUCUUAUUGAUGUAGUUGAACUUCAUAAAUGAUCAAAAUCUCAUGGAUUGAAUCAAGCCAUUGAGAUUUGAUUGGGAAAUCAAUUUUCUGUGUGUACAUAAACAAUGAAAGCUCUUCUCACAUCUAAGGUUUUGGUUAAUUGGCUCA